GUCACUUGUGACGAAGGUUCCACACCUUUUGUUUGUCAGGCUGCCACAGUUUGCUGUGGGUGAAAGUCCACUGUAGAUUACAAACACACCGCAUUGGGAUUUUUUUUUUUACACCGAACACCGUAUCUUCAAGGAAUCCCCCCAUAAUUUCAGGACAAUGACCCAACACACCUCUAGGCUGUUUAAGGGCUAUUUAACCAAGAAGGAGAGUGAUGGAGUGCUGCAUCAGAUGACCUGGCCUCCACAUUCACCCGACCUCAACCCAAUUGAGAUGGCUUGGACCGCAGAGUGAAGGAAAAGCAGACAAUGGAACCUGCAGCAAGGAGAUGAGCCAGCUGGUUCAGGCUUCAGCACAGAGCGAGAGAGACUUCCAGUGUCUGUUGGCGUGUAUGUGAUAGAGAGUAUAUAUGUAUGUGUGUGUGUGUCUGCCGAGAGGAGAGAAGACUGCCUUCCAGCGGUGUGUGUGGGAGCAAUUGUGUUUCUUUGCUUGAGCUGGUGUGAGUGUGUGAGUUCUUUACUCUGAAUAGUAGAAGAAUGGCAGCUCGCUAGUGUGUGUUUAUGUGAAUGCAUGUGCAUGAGUGUGUGUUUUCCCGAGUGAGUGUGUUGUUUCCACCUCUCUGAGGAGUAGUAGGAGGGCAGCUCUCUCCCCCUGGCUGGGUGUGUGUGUGUGUGGAUAUGGCAGUGUGUGUGUGUACUACCCUGCCCGCACUGCUCCUGCUCCUGAGCUGCGGUGUGUGUGUGACGGUGGGAUACCCAUUUAGACCCCCCAUAGACCUGGAUGUCACCCCCAGAAUCACCAUAACUACCAGCGGUCUGUUGGGCUGCAGACGUUUCCAGUCCUCAGUAGUGAACUACAGUACUCUGCUACUAGAGGAGGACAAGGGUCUUCUCUAUGUGGGGGCCCGGGGGGCCGCGUUCUCUCUCAACGCCACAGACAUCUCAGACAGCACAGCUCGCACUAUUGAAUGGGAAGCCUCGACGGAGCAAAGACAGCAGUGUCUGAGCAAAGGGAAAGACAAUAAGACAGAGUGUUAUAACCACAUCAGGUUUCUCCAGAGAUUUAACUCAACUCAUCUCUACAUGUGUGGGACUUACGCCUUCAGACCUCUCUGUGCAUACAUAGAUGAGGGGAGGUUUAAAGUAUCAUCUGAGUUUGAGGAGGGCCGAGAGAAGUGUCCAUAUGGACCUGCUACAGGCUACACUGGCCUCAUCGUAGACCAGCAGAUGUACACAGCGUCUCAGUAUGAGUUCCGGGGCUUCCCGGAUGUCCGACGUAACUCCCCCUCCCCCACAGUGAGGACAGAGGAGGCACCCACACGCUGGUUACAUGAGGCUGACUUUGUGGGCAGUGCCCUGGUGAGGGAGAGUGAGGGCAGUACCACCGGAGAUGACGAUAAAAUCUAUUACUUCUUUACUGAGAAGAGCCAGGAGCAGACACCAUACUACAGCCACAUUAGAGUGGCACGGGUUGGACGAGUCUGUAAGGGAGACCGAGGAGGUCUUUUGACCCUCCAGAAGAGGUGGACAUCGUUCCUGAAGGCCAGACUGGUGUGUUCCCUGCCGGAAUAUGACUUCCACUUCAACGUGUUGAGGAGUGUGUACACGCUGUCGGGGGACACACCUCACGACACGCUGUUCUACGGCGUCUUUGGUCUCGAGUGGAAGAACGUGAAGGCGUCGGCAGUGUGCCAGUUUUCUCUGUCUGAGCUCCAGCGGGUCUUUGAUGGGCCCUACAUAGAGAACCAGGACUCUGGAGCCAAAUGGAGCGAGUACACUGGCAAGGUCCCUGACCCACGACCUGGAUCAUGUAUAACAGACCAGUUGAGAUCCAGAGGUAUCAACUCCUCCACCUCCUUGCCAGACGACGUGUUGAACUUUGUGAGGAGACACCCUCUGAUGUCCCAGCAAGUCAUGUCUACAGAGCAGCGCCCCCUGUUGUUCAGGAGGACCACAGACUACACCCAGCUGGCGGCUCACAGGGUGGAGGGGCUGGACGGGCAGAACUACCAUGUACUGUUCAUGGGCACAGACGAUGGCUGGCUGCACAGGGCUGUGGAGGUCAAGGGCCAUCUACACAUCAUAGAGGAGCUACAGCUGUUUGACCAACCUCAGCCUGUGGAUAGCCUGGUCAUCUCACACACACAGAGGAGUGUGUAUGUAGGUUCUCCCUCUGGUGUGGUCCAGCUGCCUCUCUCCACCUGUAGCAGGUACACAUCCUGUUACGACUGUGUCUUCUCCCGGGACCCUUACUGUGGCUGGGAUGGACAGGACUGUGUGGACAUCACAGCACAGACUGACAGGUCUAACCUGAGUCAGGACGUCCUGUAUGGGAACAGAGGAUGUGACAGCGACACAGCAGACGAGCUAGUCCAGCACCGGAGCCGGUCUGUGAUGGUGGGAGAUGACGUGCUGCUCCAGUGUGAACUCGGCUCCAACCUGGCAACCCCAGUAUGGACCCUGGGUGGGUCAGAGCUGCAGGGCUACGGCCUGGACUCCGGCUUCAGAGUGGGAAAUGAUGGCCUCCUGGUCAUUGAGUCCCGACCUGAGCAGAGCGGCGAGUACACCUGCCAUGCCCUUGAGAAUGGCAUCCGGGUCGCCGUGGUUACGUACUCUGUGACAGUUCGUUUAGACAUGCCCCAACCCCUCCCCCGCCCAUGGACCCCACCAAGGAAGACUACUCCUACCAUACCCCCCGGGACUCUGACUCAUCCAGCCUUGACCCCCCUCCUCCACCCAGCGCACCCCCCUCCUCAGAGAGGCCCCUGCUGCCCCCUCCCCCGGCCCAUCUCCCCCCCACCUCGGAGCUGCUCUCCCCCAGGAGCAUGGAGGCUAUGUACCUGUCCAUGAUCACCAUCCUAGGGGGUCUGUGUCUGGUUCUCACAGUGGUUCUCCUCUACGUGGGCUUCUGUCUUCGGGGCGGCCACAGGGGGAAGUACUCUCUCCGCGCUGCCGCCGCUGCCUCUGCCAAUCACACGAACAG